UAAACUUCAGGGAAUCACUGCAUUAAAGGAAAGAUCAAGUUGCCAGCCAAUUAAGAACACUGAAAUCCUCGUUUAAUCAUUCAGGCUGUGGACAAUGGUGAGGGCAAAGUCUUGGAUCCUGAAGAAGCAAUUUGAAGGGCUUCCUAAGCAGAGUGACUUUGAAUUAAUAGAGACAAACUUACCAGACCUAAAGGAGGGAGAGGUGCUGCUUGAAAGUGUGUUUCUCAGUCUUGACCCCUAUAUAAGACCAUACAGUAAGACCCAGAUGAAGGAAGGAGACAUUAUAAUAGGGUUUCAGGUUGCAAAGGUUUUGGAAAGCAGAAAUCCUUCGUAUCCCAUUGGGGUGUUUGCUGUGGCACACGCAGGCUGGACGACUCAUUUUAUUUCCAACAGCAAAAAACUAUCACUAAUGUCUCCAGGCUGGCCAAGAAAUCUUCCAAGGUCAUUGGCUCUUGGGACAAUUGGCAUGACAGGUCUUACUGCUUACUUUGGCCUACUUGAGAUCUGCAGGCCCAAACCAGGAGAGACUGUCCUGGUUAAUUCGGCAGCUGGUGCUGUGGGCAGUGUGGUUGGGCAGAUUGCUAAACUUAAGCAUUGUAGAGUGGUCGGCACUGCAGGUUCUGAUCUGAAGGUGGCUUACCUUAAGGAGCUUGGCUUUGACGUAGCCAUUAACUAUAAGACGGUGCGAUCCCUGGACCAAGCUCUGAGAGAAGCUUCUCCCGAUGGCUACGACUGCUAUUUUGAUAACGUGGGGGGAGAGUUUUCCAGUGUUGUUCUGGAGCAAAUGAAGACAUUUGGGAGAAUUGCUGCGUGUGGUGCUCUUGCCUUGUAUAAUGACAAUGUGCCCCAGAAAGGACCUUAUGUCCAGCUCCCUAUGAUCUUCAAACAACUGGAUAUGGAAGGUUUUUUAGUCACACGUUGGGAAGACAGGAAAGCUGAAGGGCUAAAAACACUAUUGACAUGGGUUCAAGAGGGGAAAAUUAAGUACUGUGAGCACAUCACUGAAGGUUUUGAAAACAUGCCAGCUGCAUUUAUAGGAAUGUUCAAAGGAGACAACAUUGGAAAGGCAAUAGUAAAGGUGUAACAGGUAC